AUUUCGUGUAGGAAGAAAGCUUCCUGCCUUGGCUGGGGGGCUACGGUUCUUUCGUCGCAGUCGGUGUCGGCUCGGAGGUUGCCGGUGGCCUGGGAAGACCUCGGUACUCUGAGUGUCUGCGCUGUCCUUUGCAGACGCUUCAGCGGAUUCCUCCUCUGGCAGCCUGGCAGCCAGCCUGUGGCAGGAGCGUCCAGAGACAUCUUUGCCGAUCCUAAGGGGUGGAAAAAGUCCUGAGAAGAAUCUCAGUCUCUGAAGAGAAAGAGGAGUCUCUGGCUGACAGUCUCGAGUGGUUUGAGGGGAAGGUGCUACUGAACCCUGAAAGCUCAGCAGAUGACAUGGAGCUGUGCUGAUUCUUUCCGACCUAAGGAAGACAGGAUGUUCCAGUCCAUGAUGUCUGACAACAUCACACAAUCAACUGCCCCGGUGACAGUACUGGAUAAUGUGACAACUUUGUUGCCAACAACAACGCAGGCAAUCAAUGACACCAAUAUCACUGUGCCGCACAAGUGCCUGUUGUUGCUCUAUGAGGACAUUGGGAAGUCCAGAGUCCGCUACUGGGAUCUUCUGCUCCUGGUUCCCAAUGUACUUUUCUUUAUGUUUCUUCUCUGGAAACUGCCCUCUGCCAGGGCCAAAAUCCGGGUCACUUCCAGUCCAAUCUUCACUACAUUCUACAUACUAGUAUUUGUGGUGGCUUUAGUUGGUAUUGCUCGUGCUGUUGUCUCCAUGACUGUGAGUGCCUCUGAUGCUGCCACAGUUGCAGAUAAGAUCCUGUGGGAGAUCACAAGAUUCUUCCUUCUGGCGAUUGAACUGAGUGUGGUGAUUCUAGGCCUUGCCUUUGGUCACCUGGAGAGCAAGUCAAGUGUGAAACGUGUUCUGGCAAUCACUACAGUGCUGUCUCUGGCAUAUUCUGUCACCCAGGGCACCCUGGAAAUCAUGUACCCAGAUGCCCACCUCUCAGCUGAAGACUUCAACAUCUAUGGCCAUGGAGGGAGACACUUCUGGCUUGCCAGCUCUUGUUUCUUCUUUCUGGUCUAUUCUUUGGUGGUGAUUCUUCCAAAAACUCCUCUGAAAGAGCGGAUUUCUUUGCCCUCCAGGAAGAGUUUUUAUGUUUAUGCUGGAAUCCUGGCACUGCUGAACCUGGUGCAGGGCCUGGGCAGUGCUCUUCUCUGUGUGGAUAUCAUAGAAGGAUUGUGCUGUGUUGAUGCAACCACCUUCCUUUACUUCAGCUUCUUUGCACCUCUUAUAUAUGUGGCAUUCCUGAAAGGUUUCUUUGGAUCUGAGCCAAAGAUCCUUUUCUCCUACAAAUGUCAAGUGGAUGAGCCUGAGGAUGUGGAUGUGCACCUGCCCCACCCUUACGCUGUUGCCAAGAAGGAAGGGAUGGAUUCUGGCUUCUACUCAAGCACUCAGAUAGACACCACAGCCUACCUGGAUGAUGUGGCCUCUAUGCCAUAUCACGUGGGCAGCAUCAACAGCAUAGACAGUGACCGCUGGAAAACCAUCAAUGCCUAAAGCAGGGCUGCCUGCUUCACAGGAUGUCUUGUUCCUUCCAAGCUCCCUGAUAUCACAGCUGUUGGGAUGCCCACUGGAAACCUGUCCUUGGCUAUCUGCCGUGACUCUCCACUCUUCCUUAGGAUUUUCUAAACCUAUUGUAGAACUGAGUUGGCAGCCCAAAUUCUGUUGGAAAGAACAUUUUUCAGUCACUAUCUGAGAACAAUCUAAAACAGUUUUGUCCUUAAACCUAUAAACACUUCCUGUUCUGCCGUGUUUCAGAUGUGAAUAUGACCUGGAAGACAGGCAUGCCUGGCACCUCUUCCUUUUCAGUGACAGAAAGCAGUUGUCUGCCACUUUGGGGAGUCGUGGUUAGGGAUGAGGGUGCUGAUUUGACUGCUGUAUUGUACAUAUAUAGAAAGAGCUUGGUAGUUGAAAGCAAAGAUGGUCUUCAUGGGCAUUUUCAAGCUGCAUGGCUGCCUGGGUCUUGUCAUAAUGCAACAGCAUAGGUGGUGAUGGUGUCUGAAGAGAAAAGCUCUUGAAAAAGAGAGUUUGGCUUGUCUCUGGUUUCAGCUAAUGCUGGUGGAAAUAAUGAAUUGCAGUUGCUAGGGGUUGAAAGGAGCAUUCUAAGUGUGUGAGAAGAGAUGUUAAAAGGAGUGAACUGUUCUUCGUGCCCUAGCAGUGUUUUGUGGGGUUGGUAGCUAUCAGCAUAGAUGUGAGCUAGCUGAACAUUAGGGAGGCAAGGACACAGUGCUGCUGUGUAGCUGAGCUGAAGUGGCUGUGAAACAGUCUAUGGAGGCUGUAUUGCUGUGCAUCUGAACUUGCAGGAAAAUAGAAGUAACAACACUGUAUCAAGGCUGAGUUUCAAGAAUAAAAGCUAUGGAAUAGGUGCAUUUUUCACCUACAUCUUCCAUGGCUUUGGCAGGGUUUUGGAGAGUGCUGCAAAGGAGGAAACUGACUCUGCAGAUGAAGGCCCCAGAGAUGUUCAGGUGCUUGAGGCAGAGCAGAAGCUGAGCUGUCAGGAACUCAAACACCAUAGAUGUGCUGGAAUCAAGCUGACUGGUGUUUUAAGUUGGGAGGCAAGUGGGAGAUGGAUGUAUUUCAUUUGGUAGUAUCCCUUCUCUUACAUUGCAGUUCAGAUCCUUGGACUUCUGCUGGUUUGAAUGAGUUUCAUGGCUUGAUAUGUUGAAAAUGAUUAUGUGGAGUGUGGUUCAUUUAAAGACCAUCUGGAACUUCUUACUAACUUCUUCCAUGCUGGAAAGGGAACUAAUGUUGUCUGAGCUGUCUAGAAUGCAGUUUCAAGACAUGAUGUUCCAAUCCAGAGACUGUUCAGCUCAGAGCUGUAUCAGGCUGGUUUCUGGGACAUAAUGUACUCUCCAAGGAUGAGGAGGUGUAUUCCUCUAGCUUUGGGGGUGCUUUCCUACCUGAGUCCUCCAAGUAGGUGAAGAUCUGCUGUAAGCAAUAGCAACUUCCCACUAGACAUGGUAGAAAGUGAGAAUUUGAAAUGUCUGGGACUGUGUAGAUCUCUUGUCCCAACUCACUGCAUUUCCUGAAGAAUAUUGAGGUAAGUUUCUGACAAAUUGUCAUGCAGAGUGCAGUGUAGAAUUGUUAGUUUGGAUCAUGAGCAGGUGGGGGAAAGCACUGGCUACCAGGGUAAGAACAUGAAGUUCAUAUUGGUUGCCAAAACUAUGCAGGCCCUUUGCUUAUCUUUUUUUUGUUAAUAAGCAAUGCAGUCUCUCUCUUUAGCCUGUGAACUUUGCCCCACAGGCCUCUAAGUAGCACUGGCACCUUGAAAACAAACACCACCACCACCACCCCCCCUUAAAAAAACACUUGACUUUUGAGGGAAAAAAAGGCUUCCAUUUGUGUAAGAGCUGAAUUGUCUCAUGGAGGUCAACAGCCUUUCACACCCCCCCUGCCACGCAGUGACUAUAUAAGGGCUGGAGUAGCAAGUGGCCAGCUCAGCCCUGCCACAUCAGUGAAGUGUUCUGUGCUGCUCCUGUCCCUUGCUGUGAAUCGGCCUGAGCCACACCUGCUCUCCUACUGUGAAAGGGAUGGAUGUGGUUGUCAGAACUGCCCUGCUGCUGCUUCUCGUGCUGCUUACAGCUGAUCUGAGCUGCUGGUAGAAAGCAUGAGGAAAUCUGCAAAGCUUCCCUGGAGUUGGUGGGCCUUGGACAGCGCUGAGGUAUGAAGGUCUUAAAGCAGUUGAGAUACCAAGGAGCAGCUGCUUUUCCAUCCAGAGGAGCAUUGGUGGCUCUCAGCACCCUGACUGAGUGGACUUAUCUGCCCUCCUUGAUGUGAAGAGCAGGUUAUGAAUUUGCCUUUGUAUUGGCUGAAUUGAGUGCUGAAGAAUCACUUGUGUAGGUGGUCAACAUGUUCACCUUUAUCUUUGCUGGCAGGACUCCAGUAUCUCUAGACUGUCCCGUCUUCUGCUGCUGAGGAGCUUCUGUGCUGAUAUGGACUGAUCUUCCUCCUGUUGUGUUUGUAUGUAUAUAUAAUGCAUUAGGCCACAUUCAAAAUGCACCUCAAGCAGAAGUGUUCUGUGUGGAGGGGAAGGGAAAGGGGGGGCAAAAAGAGAGAAAAUACAGAAGAAAUGUAUAUUUUUGUUGGUAAAAUAAAGAAAUAAAAGUAAGUUUGGCAUAAAUGGUCAUGCUUGAUUUCUCAAGUGAUCCAUAUUACAGAGAAAAAAAUAACUUAGUUUUUAAAUCUAUAAGCAAAUAUGGCAGAUAAUAAAGUAACUUGGUGUCCUUU